CUCUUCGCGCCGCCACUGCCGGCUCACGCGUAGUAACGCACCAAACGCAAGCGUCUCUUUCUGAACGUCACAUUCAGACCGUCUCGUCACUUCAGUUGGACUUUACACUUCGGAAUACGAGUCAAAUGAAAAAUGUAUCAAGACUAAUUAGGAAGAAAACUUAGUAUGUGUGCAGAAUCUCUUGGAAAGAGCCUGAUGUAUGUCUUUGAGAGAAACUAUGGGGGGAGUGUCUCAGUCGUUUCAUCAUUGGAAACACUAGUUUGAGGUUAGACAGCAGCUGGACCCGAACUGGCAUUCGGACCUAUUUCACGCUGGCUGGGAAUAUUGUACAGCUUGGAUAAGCGUUAUUGUGCUUUUGGCGAGCUGAUGAUGACGAUGAUGAUGGACGUCCUGAGCCUUCAAGCGUUCGCGCUCCUGUGCGCGUUACCAACCACGCUGGCAGCAAAUAACUAUCACUGCAAUGGGCCGCUCGUGUCGUCCCUACCCCCCACAUCGUUCCAGAGCUCGACGUCCUCCUCUGACAGCCAGUCGCCAUAUUUAGCCAAGCUCAACAGAAAAGACGGAGGAGGUGGCUGGGCUCCAGAGCGCACAGACAGACAGCGAUGGCUACAGGUGGAUCUGCGGGAAAGGGUCGAGGUCACAGCUGUGGCAACCCAAGGUCGUUUCGGAAGCCCUGAUUGGGUGACGAGCUACAUGCUGCUUUACAGUGACACAGGAAGAGCUUGGAAGCAGUUCAGACAAGAGGACAAUGUAGGGACGUUCCCAGGAAACACUAAUUCAGAUGGGAUUGUUCACCACAAGCUCUCAAACUCCAUCAGAACACGGUUCCUGCGGUUCUUGCCAUUAGACUGGAGUCCCGGGGGAUGGAUAGGCCUCAGAGUGGAGGUCUACGGUUGUGCUUACAAGUCGGAUGUUGCAGACUUCAACGGCAGGAGCUCUCUGCUGUACCGCUUCAAUCAGAAGUCCACCAGCACAGUGAAAGAUGUAAUCUCGCUGCGGUUCAAGAGUCAACGUGCGGACGGGGUUCUCGUCCAUGGCGAGGGGCAACGGGGCGAUUACAUCACGCUGGAGCUACACAAGGGCAGACUGGCUCUACACAUCAAUCUCGACGAUGCUAAGACGCGUGCUAGCAGUGGCCACGUUUCUGUGUUUCUGGGUAGUCUGCUGGACGACCAGCACUGGCACUCCGUCCUGAUCGAGCGAUUUAACAAACAGAUUAACUUCACGGUGGACAGACUAACCAGACGAGUGAGAACGGGUGGCGUCGACGAUUCGCUGGAGGUCGAUUACGAGCUCAGCAUCGGAGGCAUCCCUCUACCCGGAAAGCCAGGCACGUUUCUACGGAAGAACUUCCACGGAUGUAUGGAGAACCUGUAUUACAACGGAGUCAACAUUAUUGACUUAGCCAAACGGCGCAAGCCACAAAUCUACAGCGUGGGAAACGUGACCUUUACCUGUUCAGAGCCUCAGCAUGUUUCCGCCACCUUUCUGAGCUCCAGCAGCAGUUUCCUGUCACUUCCUGCGGCCGGCGUGUCAGACGGCGAAGAGUUGUCGGUGACUUUCCAGUUCCGGACAUGGAACAGAGAGGGGAUGUUACUAUCCACCUCGUUGAGGAGAGACACUGAGAGGCUCUUGUUGCUUCUUGUCAAUGGGCAGCUGAGACUCACACACCACCGAUCGGCACUGCAAAGCUCUGACUUAGUCAUCGGUCAGGCUCUGAGUGACGGCCAGUGGCACGCGGUGUCCAUUAGCGUGGGCGGACUGCAGGUGUCCCUCUCCGUGGACGAUGAGGCGGCGUCCACCAUGCAGCUGAAGGAGAGCGCGCAGCCCGGGAAGAACGUGCUGAUUGGAGGUUGCCCACCAACAUUAGCCAAUCCGGGAUGUCGGAAUCCAACGGUGACCUAUCAAGGCUGCAUACGCUCUAUUGUCAUAAACAACCAGCCAAUCAACUUGUACUUGGUGCAGCAAGGCCUGCUGGGAAACUACAGCAAGCUCCAGUUUGACAUCUGUGGCAUUCGCGACCGAUGCCUUCCAAACUAUUGCGAGCAUGACGCGGAGUGUUCUCAGUCAUGGAACAAGUUCUUCUGCGACUGCUCGGGAACCGGGUACACGGGAGCCACCUGUCAUAACUCCAUCUUUGAACCCUCCUGCGAGGCCCACAGGCUAACAGGAAGCGCCUCCGGCUUCUUCUCCAUCGAUCCUGAUGGAAGUGGUCCGCUCAAAUCUACCGUCGUCUAUUGCAACAUAACCGACGAUAAGGUUUGGACGGUGGUUAAGCACAACAGCACAGAGAUGGUACGGGUUCAAGGGUCGUCCCCCCAGAAGCCUCACGUGAUGACGUUUAACUACAGCGCCACCCUGGACCAACUCCGCACGCUCGUGGGCAGGUCUGAACAGUGUCAACAGGAAGUGAUGUAUCUCUGCAGGAAGUCCCGACUUUUUAACACAUGGGAUGGAACGCCCUUGUCCUGGUGGCUGGAUCGGGCAGGCGAGAGAAGGACGUACUGGGGUGGAUUUCUCCCCGGGGUGCAGCAAUGCGCCUGCAGUCUGGAUGAGAACUGCAUCGACAUGAACCAUUUCUGCAACUGCGACGCUGACCGCAGCUCAUGGGAGAAUGACACUGGAGUUCUGUCUUACAAAGAACACUUACCAGUGAGCGAGAUCUUAGUGGGCGACACAAACCGUACGGGGUCGGAAGCGAUCUACAGGGUGGGGUCUCUCCACUGCUUCGGCGACAGGUUCCUGUGGAAUUCUGCCUCCUUCUACCAGGAGUCCUCAUACCUGCACUUCCCCACACUCCAGGCCGAGCUGAGCGUCGACAUCUCGCUCUAUUUCAAAACAACGGCCCCUUCAGGUGUCCUUCUGGAGAACCUGGGCGCAAAAGACUUCAUCAGACUGGAACUCAGUGCUCCCUCCGUGGUAACCUUCGCUUUUGACGUCGGGAACGGGCCGGUGGUCUUAACGGUGAAGUCUCACCUGCCGUUGAACGACAAGCAGUGGCAUUACGUGCGAGCGGAGAGGAACGUGAAAGAGGCGUCGCUGCAGGUGGACCAGCUGCCCUUGCGCUUCCUGGAGGCUCCUACCGAAGGCCACACCCACCUUCAGCUCAACAGCCAGCUGUUUAUUGGUGGCACGGCAUCUAGACAGAGAGGGUUUCUGGGAUGCGUUAGGUCGUUGGACAUCAACGGGAUGACCCUUGACCUUGAGGAAAAGGCUAAAAUGACCCCUGGGGUCAGUUUAGGUUGUCCGGGUCACUGCAGCAGCCAAAACAGCUUGUGUCACAACCGGGGGAAGUGUAUCGAAAAGAGCAGCGGUUACGUCUGUGACUGUACGCGUUCGGCCUACGGAGGACCCAACUGCAAGAAAGAAGUUUCCGUGUCCUUCGAAAGCGGCUCGUCGGUGACCUACACCUUCCAGGAGCCGUUUUCCGUGACGCGCAACCACAGUCGCCAGUCUUCCGCCAUCUACGCUCAGAGCAGCAACUCACGAGAGAGCGUGGCCUUCAGUUUCCUCACCACUCAGACGCCCGCCAUGCUACUGACCGUCAACACAUACCAUCAGCAGUACAUGGCUGUUAUUCUCGCUCACAACGGGAGUCUGCAGAUCUGGUAUCGCCUGAACAGAGAGAAAGAGCCGGACGUCUUCACAUCGGCGUCUGCAAACCUGGCCGACGGACUUCUUCAUCGAGUGCAGAUCCACAGGGAGGGAAGAGACAUGUAUGUUCAGAUUGAUAGAGAUACCAGUCUGAAAUACGUCCUGUCUACGGACAAGGAGUUGAUCACGAUAAGGUCUUUGACAUUGGGGAAAGUCACAGACUCCGCCUCCUUGCCGCUCAUAGGCAGAGCUGGCGUCGACGAGGAGGUGCUUCAGGCCGGGUCGAAAGGUUUCGUUGGCUGUCUUUCAUCAGUUCAGUUCAACCAUUUGGCUCCUCUCAAGGCAGCCAUUCUGAAUCGAGGAAGCUCAUUGGUCAGCAUCCUCGGUAACCUUGUCGAGUCGAACUGUGGCGAGCUGGCGGAUAAAUCCUCAUCCAGAUCGUUAUCAGAUCACGCAGACACAGGCAAAAAACUUCAUCCUAACGCUGGCCAAAACGACUCGGCUGUUAUCGGAGGUUUGAUAGCAGCGGUAGUUCUUAUCGUCCUCUGCGCCGUGGCCGUGAUGACCCGCUUCCUGUAUCGUCAUCGACACGAUCGCACCCGGCAGAUGGCCCCGGUCAAGGAGAAAGAUCACCAGCCCAGGCCAGAACACAGGUAUCGAGCCGAGCUGGACCUACACAGCGCCAUGAGAGACAGCAGGAAAGAGUACUUCAUCUGACCUGUGACGUCCAACCUCAUGACCCCCGCCGAGUCGUUCUGACCCUGCCUGCAACGCCAACCCGGCGGACAGGAAGUGGGAAGACGGCUGAGCCGUGUGGACACAGCCAGUACCCUUCACCUUCCCAACCACUCUCUUAGCAUACAGGAUUCAGGGAAUAGAUAUUACCGUUGCAGAUAUUAGUGCCCUUAAUAGGCUCCCAGGCAGGGCGGGUGGCCGGAACGGGUCAGAAAUGAGGCACAGGAUUUUCGGUGCCUACUGAAAACUAAUAUGACAGGCCCAAGGCAGACGGCACAGCCAGAUUACAUUUCUACGGUGAAGAUAUUGGAUAUCUACGACUGCGAAAAAACGAUGGUGGAAUUAUGACUCGCUUUGUCUUGACAACACUGGUUCUUUGCUGCAGUCAACACCUUUCCCAGAGUUAAAAGAUCAGGUGGCUUCAAAGCUCUGGAGCUUUACACAAACAUGGCCUUCAGCCCUCGGCACACGACGGAGAAUCAAACAUUUGGAGCGACUCCCUUGUGCUUCUAGGGCUAAUUAUUUAACCACACAACAAAGAGAUUACGGAAGCGCUUGCGCGCACACGUGAGUCACCCUGGCAGACAAACAAACGCUCGGCGGUCUUCGGUGCGCCGGCCGUGACAAAUCCGACGGCUCUGGUGUUUUACUGAUCCUACGCAAUGUGUUGUUCAGCCACGGGCCAGCUCGAUGUAUUGAUGCAAAUAAAAGAGGGUGAUGUUACCAGCGGGUCUCCUUCACUUCCUCUGGUUCUUUGUGGCGCAUUCACUUCCUGUUUUUCUUUUUAAAGACAACAUGAAAUGGCAUUCGUAGCUUAUUUUGUUUUUGUAACAGAGAUGUUUUGAAUAAAGGGAUAUUUAUUAUAUAGAUGAUUAUUAUAUAGAUUAUUAAAGUGGAAAAUCAUGUAUGUAGAGCGGGCCUUUAUUUAAUCUUUUGGGGAUGGAAAACAAAAGUCUCGUGUUACUUUUUGCCACCACCUUUACGGUCUUUGUCACAUCAGCAGAGUAUAAAAGUUGUUCAAAGUUUUAACAUUUUGUCAAAAGAGAUUUUUUUGGAAUAACAUGCAGUGAUGAAUCAUGCACAGUAACAUUUAUUAAAAAGUAAAAAGCAUCUCCUUUGAUUUUAUGUUGUCUUUAAACUCUUUCAUUCGCUUAUCCAAUUGCAUCUCUUUUUUGCAAACUCUAAAUCAAUAUCAGCAUCUAGGCCUAUAUGCAGUUUCAUUUACAACACAUGGAUCAACAUUCUUGAUUGGUGCAGAUGCAACAUUCCUGUCAACCAAACAUAAUCUUAAAAAAAAUAGAUUGGUUGAUAUGAAUGUUGUCUCAGAAACAAACAGGAUGCGGAACAAAAUAUUCCACAUGCAGGACAGCUGUUAAAUAAGUUCCCUAUGUGCACAGAAAUUAAUACAAUAAAUUGCACGCGUCACGUUUUACAAGUGUAAAAUUUGACAGGCUGAGCAGGUGGAAAUGUAAUUCUGUUUAAUCACAAAUGAAGAGCGGGUUGCACGUUGAAGAUGUCCGACCAUCCCGCGAUAAACUCAGACCGUGAAAACUACAAUUUAUUCUACACUGGUGGCUCUGGAUUCUCUUUCCAGCAAGAGUAAUGGAGUCAAAAUACCAUUCACACCCUGUUAAAGGUUGGCAGGCCAUUCCUGCGUGAGCCUAAAAUAUGCCUUCGAUCAUAUUAUGAUUUCUUCUUUGCCAACAUACCGACAUGAGAUCUAAUCCAAAUAUAAUUUUUUCCCGGACCGAAUGCGAUAAAAAAAACCACUCUUAACCGCAUAGCGUACGAGAGGGUCAAGAUGUGCAGAUUCCUCUGAUGAUACCCACAGCGCAUAAGAGCGAAGCUUCAAGGCGUUAUCUAAUCAUCGCCCCACCCAACCCCCUCAUUUGUCAUUUUCAGCAGAGACGGGACAAAGAAUCAGUAAUGUUGGAUAUUUAUCUAGCUGUGAUCUAUGUAAAUGUCACUCCCGCAAUGGCAUGGAGAUGAUGGAUCCUCUUUCAAACAGCCCUGGGCUCAGAACCGAGUCUGGUGUACGGCUAAAUCCAUCUCGCCGUAGAUAAACACCAGCAGGAAUGGACCGUUUCUUUCAUUCGAUUACGGAGGAUCUCUCGGAGGUAGUGAAUAUGAGAGCUCGGAUAUUAAUACUUCUGAAAAUGAUGCACAGCCGAGGCAAAUUCAGCAGCUCUGAAGAGUUUGAGAUGUGAUGUCUCUCAAAAAAACAGAUGUACAAACUGAACAUUCUGUGAAAAAUCACUUUCUUGUUGAAACCGGAAAUUUGUGUUGGACAUUAGAGGUGUCAUACUAUAGCGAUAUUGACAGUAAUCGUAAUAUUAAUAACCGUGAUUAAUAAUUUUGUGUAAAUAUUACACAUGAUAAUAUCGUCAAUAGUUCAGCGCUAGGAUCUGGUUGAUACUUAAACAUAAUAGUUGGCGGGUUUACACCUGUUUAACAUUUUGCCUUAAAUGCCACAAUGGUUACAAACUUAUUCUCCAUAAACUCGUAUUUAGAAUGUGAUUCAUCGGCAAAAUACACAAAACACAAAACUUAAAGAUUAAUGUAACUGAUAGCAUAAUUUAUUUAUUUUUUAAUAGACACUGCGAUUACAUUGACGCUGUGUGGUUUUUUUGACCACCAGUUUUCUAUACUGAAAAUCUGAUGUUGUGACAACCCUGUCGGGUUAUACAACCUGAUCUCACGGGAAUUUGUAAAUAUUUUACGAGGCGGCUAAUUCUUAUAAAUUUGAACGAUGUGAAUUGUACGAAAACGUAUGAUUAUUAGAAAAAAGCAAUAUGAAGACCCUCCCCCAAACCUAAGCAUCACUGGCGAGAACGCAAAUCGUACUAAGAUAAACGUAUAAGAUCCUACGAAAUCAUACAAAUGAGCCACCUCAAAAAUUAGUUAUGAAUCGCCGUGAGAUUGUGAGUUAGGACAUCCCAUAUUGAGUUAUGAUUAAACUGCAUCAUAGCCAUGAAGUAUUAUUUGCUACUUGCUAGUUGUUUACAGGUGGUUUUAAUGCUAAUUCACUCUGAUCCGACAAUUUUGGUGUUUUUCGUGUUUGUUUGUGUUCGCAAAUUAGCCUUUAAGGGUUCUGUCUAGAGAGCAUUUGAUUGGACAAAAUUCAGUUUAGUGCAAGAUGAGUCAUCAAUAGUUUUUGUUCGCCUUCCCGAAAACGACUGUAAAUUCUAAAUGUGUAUAACUGCUAAAUGCCCACAUAUGGAUUAAAAUUCGAUUUCAUAGGGCAUUCAAGGACAUAGUGUUACAAUUAUGAUAGAUCAGAUGUAAACACUUAAAGCAGGAAUAUUCAGUAGUCGUUGUUCUUUUUAAGGAUCAUAUUGUCGCGUUCGAAGCCGUGGUAGUUGUCAUGCUCUUUUUGUAGAUGUCCGAUUUUAGCUGAAACUCGCAGAAUGCGCACACCUCCAUUUUUUGAUAACAGAGAUACCAUGAACAUCCAACGUGCCAGAAAGCCUUUCCCACAGCGAAUCUGUACCGCUGUUAUCUCAACAGUUGCAUUGCCUCGGUAGCAUGAACGUGGACGAAAUCAAAACAAAAACCAGACGAAGUUCAGUUGCCUUUAAAUUGCAUUAUCUUUUAGUAAACAUGAUUCAAAACUCAGACUAUCUAAUGGAAAUAAUUUACAGUUUUCUAAUGAUUUAUUAGAAGCUUGUUUUUUAUUGUUAAGUCUAGAUGUAUUGUACAUAAAUGUAUAUUUAUUAUUAAUAAUAAUAA